AUUCUAUUGGAGCAGGCAUGUGCUUGUUGUUUACAAACAGAUCGUGAUCCUCUUACGGUUGUUGGUGAUCCACAAGUACAAUAUUUGUGACACAGUCAAGCAAGAUGACGAGAAUUACGGAGACACUGAUUCGCAAGAGGGCGGAACACAAUGAACUGGAGAUAUCAACACUAGAAGAGGUCUCUCUUCAUCAACAGGAUAUAGAAAAAAUUGAGCACAUUGACAGAUGGUGUAGGGAGUUAAAGAUUUUGUACCUGCAGAGCAAUUUAAUUCCAACAAUAGAAAAUGUGAGCAAGUUAAAGAAGCUGGAAUACCUUAAUCUUGCUUUAAAUAAUGUUGAAAAAAUUGAAAAUUUAGAAGGAUGUGAAUCCCUGAAGAAGUUAGAUCUAACAGUGAAUUUUGUCGGUGAGCUGACUAGUAUUGAGAGUCUCAAGGAAAACUACAAUCUCAAGGAACUGUUUCUCACUGGCAACCCCUGCACUGAGUUUGAAGGGUACAGAGAUUAUGUGAUUGCCACAUUGCCACAACUGAAGUGGUUGGAUGGGACGGAGAUAGACAAGUCAGAGAGAAUAAAAGCUGCACAGGAGUUAAAUGUCAUCAGACCUAAGAUCUUGGAACAGGAAAAACAGCAUAGGAAGAAAAGGGAGAGGCAGAAGGCGGACGCAGAGAGGAAGAAGAGCGCUGAGGAGAAGCCAGGCUUUGAUGGACGCUGGUACACAGACAUCAACGAUGGAGACAAGAAAGAAGGCAGCAAAAAGGGACAAGAUUUUGACCUUGAUGCUGAGAAAGAGUUUUGGGAUGAGAAAGUUCCCUUCACGCCAGAGUCCCGGAAAGAAGUUCACGAUCACAUUCAGGAAACCAAGAGGAGAGACGAGGAAAAAACUAAGAAAGAAGAGAAAAAACCUAGAACUCUGUUCGCACCUGAUGGUCGCCCGUACAAUGUGAAUGAAGCAGGUGUGGACUUCACAUUAACAGACGAUGAGGAUAGAAACAUGAUGGUGCUUGAUGUAGCCUGCUUCAAGCACAUGGACACCUCCCUCCUGGACUGUGAUGUGCAGACCAACUAUGUCCGAGUCCUGAUGAAAGGAAAGAUCUUGCAGUUGUGCCUUAGUGAGGACGUCAACCCAGACUCCAGCACUGCCCAGCGGUCACAGAUCACUGGCCACCUUGUAGUCACAAUGCCAAAGACCAAACAGAUCAUCACGGCCAACAAGCCCAAGAAGACAAGUAAUAAGGAGAACUGUCAUGAUGCAAAACAAACAGACAAAAAACAACAAUCAGGUCCAGUCUUGCUAGAGGUGGAUGCGACUGCCAAGAAGUGUGUUGAUAUCGGGAACAUUGUGAAGGACAAGCCGGAGAAAAUAGUUCCUCCCCUUGGAUACAGCAACAGGAGGGAUAUUCCAGUUCCGCCAAACUCUGAUGACUUUGUUGAUGACCCUGAUGUCCCACCUCUCUUGUGAAAAUAAACAAAGUUUCAGAUGGAAUGAGAGCCAUGGGUGCUCAGUUCAGUGUGCAGCGAUUCAUCCUGAGGCGUUCCAGAAACCUACGUUCAUGGGUCAAAUCCCAUAUUUGCCAUGAACAAUGCAUCUUCCUGAGACAUGGGAGUCCACUGUCCGAACGAGGCUGGAAUUUCUGGGCUUGAUCGUAGCGCCACCAGUGGCUAUUCCGAGUUAUAUAUCCCUUUGAUGUCGGUCUUAUUGACCAAUCAGAUUCCACCUCUCAUAUCUCUUGCAUUUGCUUUUAACAAAAUGGUGGCUCCCAGUCAUGAUCUGAUCAAUAAUCAAAAUCUAUAUUGUGAUAAAAUGGGUCUUUCUUUGUAAAUGCAUCAAAUCAAGUGAGCA